AUGAAAAGAGUCGCCUUGAGGGCCCCAAGAGGCCUCAAACCGCAAGGUCAAGUGUGUCAUUUCUGUCAAUUCUCCAAUACCGCCCAGCGCCGCGCUCUCCCUAUAGCCCGACUCCCACUCCCAACCGCUUCCGAAAGUCGCGGUUCGAACAGCGGCCUUGCGCUGCAGUUACCAAAGCGCAGCGUACGAUCGACUACCUCCUCUCCAUUUCUUUCAACCCGUCGCUAUGCUUCAACCUCAUCCGCUCAAGAAUUGGCCAUUAAGGAGGUAGCACAGGAAGCGUCGGCCGUGCACAAUGCGGACGAAGUCCCCUCCAACGACACAGUAGUUCAGCUGCUGGCAAAGUGUGAGAAGCUCGCGCAAUCCCUCGUCUCGAGCGAGCAGGACCAGUCCGAUGACACUUUAAAGAAUGGCGAAAACAAUGCCAUUUCCUCGUUGUUGGACUUGGAGGAGAAGAAGGGAACAUCCGCACGAGCAGCGAACGCAGUAAAUGGCUCCGCAACCCCCGACCCCCGUCUUGCCGACGCAAUUUCGCGUAUCGCCAACGAAAUCGUGAAAGACGAAAAGGUAUUCAUUAAUGAGGAGGCGCUGGAGAUCUACACAAAGACACAAACGCUCUUGCGACGGGCGGAGCAUUUCCCAGAAGUCUUCCAUCUAUAUGCCAACAAGCCAGUCCCCGAGGAGAACAGUUCACCUCCGAAAUUCCACAAAGCGAGCCCCAAAAAUGUCAGCAGUGCCAUUCCAGCCGAACUUGCGAAUAUGGCCUUGGACGUGGCUAUCGCACAAAAGAACCUCUCUCUGGUGUUGGCCAUUAUUGACAACACCUUCUGCGCACCCGCUUUCCACCGCGCUAAGAUCGUCAGAAAGGCUGGUAUCCCCUUGGGUGGUCUGGCGGUAGCCCCUAUGGCUUGCUACGCCCUUGCCACAGUCGCAUCUAGCUUCCAGAACACAAUGGACCCCAGUUACGCAACGGGAAUCGCCCUCGCUGCAUCUUUAGCAUAUGUUGGAGGUACCUCUUCCAUUGGAAUCAUCGCGAUUACCACCGCCAAUGAUCAAAUGGAGAGAGUCACCUGGAUACCUGGAAUUCCUUUGCGCCACCGCUGGUUGCGAGAGGAGGAGCGCGCUGCUAUGGAUAAGGUUGCCGUCGCGUGGGGCUUUAAGGAUCCUUACAUGCGCGGCGAGGAGGUGGGAGAGGAGUGGGAGAGCCUCCGCGAAUUCAUCGGCAUGCGUGGCAUGAUUUUGGAUAAGACGGAGCUGAUGGAAGGCAUGGAGUAA